AUGGCGGCCGUGCGCGGGGCGUCCCUGCUCGGCUGCCUCUUGGCGCUGCUGGCCCUGUGUCCCGGGGGGCGCCCGCAGACAGUGCUGACUGACGAUGAGAUCGAGGAGUUCCUCGAGGGCUUCCUGUCCGAGCUGGAGCCCGAGCCCCAAGAGGAGGACUUAGAGCCCCCACCGCCCCCUGAGCCCACCCCACGUGUCCGCAAAGCCCAGGCGGGGGGCAAAAAGGCGGCGCGGCCGGGGGCGAAAGGAGAAGCACCUCUGGAAAAGCCUAAAGACAAAGGCAAGAAAGGGAAGAAGGACAAAGGCCCCAAACCAACCAAGCUGCCCUCAGAUGGGUCCCCCAGGCCACCCAAGAAGCCCAAGGAGAAGCCACUCAAGGCCACCAAGAAGCCCAAGGAGAAGCCACCCAAGGCCACCAAGAAGCCUAAGGAGAAGCCACCCAAGGCCACAAAGAAGCCUAAGGAGAAGCCACCCAAGGCCACUAAGAAGCCCAUAGCUGGGAAGAGGUCCCCCACCCCAACCCCCUCGGAGAUCCUGGAGUGGCCACUGCCGCUGCCCUCCAGCCCUGGCCCCAGGAAGCUACCCCAGGAGGGAGGUGGGGCCCUCCCAAGCCCCUGGCAGGGUCCGGGAGGAGAGGAGACCAGUCUGGUGUCGCAGGAGCACCAGCCUGAGCUGGAGGAGGAGAUGCCCACGCUGGACUAUAAUGACCAGAUAGAGCGUGAGGACUACGAGGACUUUGAGUACAUCCGGCGCCAGAAGAAGCCCAGGCCCCGGCCGAGCAGGAGGAGGCCCGAGAGGCCUGAGGUCCCUGAGGAAAAGACUGAACCGCCCCGGCUGGUGGUCGAGGGCCCAGAAGAGGGGAUCGAGCAGCCUCUGGAGCCCCCACAGCCCCCACCCAGACCUGACUAUGGUGAUGGCUAUGUGAUCCCCGACUACGAUGACAUGGACUACUACUACCGACCUCCUCAGCCUCGGAAGCCGGAUGCCAAGCUGGACACAGAUGAAGAGAAGGAGACGCUGAAGAAACCCAAAAAGGAGGGCAGCAGCCCCAAGGAGGAGGAGACAGACGACAAGUGGGCUGUGGAGAAGGGCAAGGACCACAAAGGGCCCCGGAAGGGCGAGGAGGAGGAGUGGGCUCCAGUGGAAAAAAUCAAAUGCCCCCCCGUUGGGAUGGAGUCACACCGCGUUGAAGACAACCAGAUCCGUGCCUCCUCCAUGCUGCGGCACGGCCUGGGGGCACAGCGUGGCCGGCUCAACAUGCAGGCAGGGGCUGACGAAGAUGACUACUACGACGGGGCGUGGUGUGCUGAGGAUGAUGGGCAGACACAGUGGAUCGAGGUGGACACCAGGAGGACCACCAGGUUCACCGGCGUCAUCACCCAAGGCCGUGAUUCCAGCAUCCACGACGACUUUGUGACCACUUUCUUUGUGGGGUUCAGCAAUGACAGCCACACGUGGACGAUGUACAGCAACGGUUAUGAGGAAAUGACCUUCCAUGGGAACGUGGACAAGGACACGCCGGUGCAGAGCGAGUUCCCGGAGCCGGUGGUGGCCCGCUUUAUCCGCAUCUACCCGCUUACCUGGAAUGGCAGCCUCUGCAUGCGCUUGGAGGUGCUGGGCUGCCCCCUGGCCCCUGUCUACAGCUACUAUGUGCAGAAUGAGGUGGUGGCCACUGACAACUUGGACUUCCGCCACCACAGCUACAAGGACAUGCGCCAGCUGAUGAAGGCGGUGAACGAAGAGUGCCCCACCAUCACCCGCACAUACAGCCUGGGCAAGAGCUCACGCGGGCUGAAGAUCUACGCCAUGGAGAUCUCGGACAACCCUGGCGAGCAUGAGCUGGGGGAGCCCGAGUUCCGCUACACAGCCGGGAUCCACGGCAAUGAGGUGCUGGGCCGGGAGCUGCUGCUACAGCUCAUGCAGUACAUGUGCCGCGAGUACCGUGAUGGGAACCCACGGGUGCGCAGCCUGGUGCACGACACGCGCAUCCACCUGGUACCCUCGUUGAACCCUGAUGGCUACGAGGUCGCCGCACAGAUGGGCUCAGAAUUUGGGAACUGGGCGCUGGGGCUCUGGACCGAGGAGGGCUUUGACAUCUUUGAGGACUUCCCAGAUCUCAACUCUGUGCUGUGGGGUGCCGAGGAGAGGAAAUGGGUCCCCUACCGUGUCCCCAACAACAACCUGCCCAUUCCUGAGCGCUACCUCUCCCCAGAUGCCACGGUGUCCAUGGAGGUCCGGGCCAUCAUCUCCUGGAUGGAGAAGAAUCCCUUUGUGCUGGGGGCGAACCUGAACGGUGGCGAGCGGCUCGUGUCCUACCCCUAUGACAUGGCCCGAACACCAACCCAGGAGCAGCUGCUGGCCGCAGCCAUGGCGGCUGCCCGGGGAGAAGACGAGGAUGAGGCAUCUGAGGCCCAGGAGACCCCAGACCAUGCCAUCUUCCGCUGGCUGGCCAUCUCCUUUGCCUCCACGCACCUCACCAUGACUGAGCCCUACCGGGGAGGGUGCCAGGCCCAGGACUACACCAACGGCAGGGGCAUCGUCAAUGGGGCCAAGUGGAACCCCAGAUCGGGGACUAUCAAUGACUUCAGUUACCUGCACACCAACUGCCUGGAGCUCUCCAUAUACCUGGGCUGCGACAAGUUCCCCCAUGAGAGCGAGCUGCCCCGGGAGUGGGAGAACAACAAGGAAGCCCUGCUCACCUUCAUGGAGCAGGUUCACCGCGGCAUUAAAGGGGUGGUGACGGACGAGCAAGGCAUCCCUAUUGCCAACGCCACCAUCUCCGUGAGCGGCAUCAACCACGGUGUGAAGACAGCACAAGGGGGCGAUUACUGGCGCAUCCUGAACCCAGGCGAGUACCGUGUGACAGCCCACGCUGAGGGCUACACCCCAAGCUCCAAGACUUGCAACGUAGACUAUGACAUCGGGGCCACCCAGUGCAACUUUGUACUUUCACGCUCCAACUGGAAGCGCAUCCGGGAGAUCAUGGCCAUGAACGGGAACCGGCCCAUCCCCCGCAUCGACCCGUCCCGCCCCAUGACCCCCCAGCAGCGGAUGAUGCAGCGUCGUCGCCUGCAGUACCGCCUGAGAAUGCGCGAGCAAAUGCGUCUGCGCCGCCUCAAUGCGACAGCGACCACGACCGUGACCACGGCCGCGGGCCCAACCCCCUCCACCGCCCUGCCCCCCAGCUCUGCUCCAGAGCCCAGAAACACCUCACCCCCAACCACUGGCAGCUGGGAGGAGCUGGAAACCGAGACCUACACAGAGGUGGUGACAGAACUUGGGACCGAGUUCACCCUUGAGGAAGAGCUGGCCACAGGCCCAGAGUUCCCCUUCACAACGGCUGAGACCUACACUGUGAACUUUGGGGACUUCUGA